AUGAGACCAGAAUUCCGAGUGCUUGUUGUUGUUGUUGCAUCUGGUUUAUGUACGACGCGUUCUUCCGGAUUACUCCAACGUUUCGUGAAAUAUACGUGGAUCUUAUUCAAGUUAGACAGGUCUGAUAAACUUAUACCUCAUUCAGGUUUCGAGAGGAGACUGACGCUCAUCAUGCCAGGCUUCACAUUCGGUGCACCAAGUGCUACGAGUACGCCAUUGACUGGUGGAGCCACCACUGGUGCAACCGGCGGAACCUCAUUGUUCGGAUCAACUUCGGCUGCAAAACCGCUGUUCGGCACGACGGCAACUACUACAACCGCAUCUACGACACAACCAGCGAGUAAGUUCCGUCAAUUUUCGUCUGAAAACUUAGCGAGCUGA